AUGUCAUCGAAAGAAAAAGCAGAUACUGUUAGAAUCGCUCAGAACAAUGGAGAAAAUAUUGUUUUGGCUAUUGGAGAUGGAGCGAACGAUGUGCCGAUGAUCCAGGUAUUGCUUGAAAAAGUGAUGUUUAAGCGUGAACUUUGUGUUGUAAUCUGUUCCUUGCGCAGGCAGCUGAUGUUGGGGUCGGGAUUCCCGGAGAAGUGGGAUUGCAUAGCACGGUUUCGUUUUCUAAAAAGAUUGUUGGUUGUCCAUGGAGCUUGGAAUUUUCAACACAGUGCAAAGGUCAUAGAGUUCUUUUUAUACAAAAAUAUUUGCUUCUUUUUGCCUGAAGUUUGGUUCGCAAUUCAUUCUCUUUUCUCUGGCCGAGCAUUUUUUGAUGGAUUUUCUCUGGCUCUGUUUAAUGCAGUUUUCUCAGUGGUUGACCCUUUUAUGAUAGGAAUAUGCUUUGAACCAGUUUCUGAAAAAAAAUUGCUUGAGCAGCCAACAAAGUAUGGGUCAUUGCGAGACAGGACUUUUACAUAUACUGUAAGUCAUUUUGGGUUUUUUUUUAUUAAAACUGUUGAUCGUUUCUUGGACUGUAAAUGA